AACUGCCGUGAGUGGGUGAGUGGGGUAGCUCCAAGCAAGAAUGAUACUCGAUGCGAUGCGCGCAAGGCGAAAUCUUUUAAAGAGCUGCGAUGCUCUUGUCCCACGGUGAUUCAAUCCUGCCACCUCUGACAAUAGACAUAUUCCGUGAGGGCAAAUUUCCACCCAGUGCACAAGUUCACAUCCCGCACAAGUUCACAUCCCGCACAAGUUCACAUCCCGCAAACGCAGCACAAUGCCUCUUCCUCACGGCGUCUACCGCGCCGACCACGUCGGCUCCUUCCUGCGCCCCAAGUCCGUUCUCGAGGCGCGCCAGAAGGCGGCCAACGGCGAAAUAUCGGCCGCGGACCUGCGCCGAGUCGAAGACGAGGCUGUCAGCAAGGUCGCCCAACUCCAGAUCGAGAACGGCAUCCGCUCAAUCACCGACGGCGAGUUCCGCCGCGCCUACUUCCACCUGGACUUUCUGAAGCACCUCGCGGGCAUUGAAGAAAGGGGCCAGGUCGGCAACAUCAGGCACAAGGAUGGUUUCUCCCCGCCAACAUUGGUGGUCAACGGAAAGCUUGGCCACCCCGAGGCCAUCCAGGUCGACGACUUCCACUUCCUCGAGCAGGCGAUCAAGGACAACGGCGGCAAGGCGACCACAAAAGUGUGCAUCCCCAGCCCGACCAUGGUGCACUUCCGCGGUGGACGCGCCAGCAUCGACAUCUCCGCGUACCCGGACCUGGACGUCUUCUUCGAGGACCUCGCGCGCGUGUACCAGGAAGAGCUCGACUCGCUGUACCAAGCCGGAUGCCGCUUCGUGCAGCUCGACGACACCAACCUGGCCUACCUGUGCGAUCCGGACAUGCGCAAAGCCGCCGAGACGGAGCGCGGCGAGGACCUCAGCGUCCUGCCCAGGAAGUACGCCGCGCUGAUCAACGCCGCCAUCUCCAAGCGCCCCGCCGACAUGAAGAUCGGCAUCCACCUCUGCCGCGGCAACUACAGGAGCAAGUGGUUCGCGUCCGGCGGCUACGAGCCCGUCGCCGAGGUGCUCUUCAAGGAACUCAACGUCGACGCGUACUUUCUCGAGUACGACGACGCGCGGUCCGGCGACUUCAGCCCGCUGCGCCACCUGCCGGCGCACAAGGUCGUCGUGCUGGGCGUCAUGAGCAGCAAGAAGAACGAGCUCGAUGUCAAGGAGGACAUCAUCGGACGCCUCAACGAGGCCGCGUCCAUUGCGCCCAACGGCCUCGACCAGCUGUGUCUGUCGCACCAGUGCGGCUUCAGCUCGACCGCCGAGGGCAACGAGCUCACAGAAGAGGAGCAGUGGGCCAAGGUCAGGCUCGAGGUCGAGAUUGCCAAGCAGGUGUGGGGCGACGACUUGAGCCAGUAGAGCUUACUUGAGCCCGUAGAGCUUACUUGAGCCCGUAGAGCUUACUUGAGCCCGUAGAGGCCGCGCCGAAAUGUGCGCGUGGAGUAGAGG